AUCACUAUAGCCUGCAGCAGCGCUGUAUUCAAAUGAAGCGGGUCUGAGAGGCGACUCCCUCAUCCGUCAGAGCGUCGCCAGCGGCUACGACCACAUGGCAUCCUGGGUUGGCUGCUACGUUAAAAAUAAUCGCACCAUCCUUGUAGGACAGUAAAGAAUUACGGAGACAUACAUUAACAAUUACUGUCCUGGGUUGCUGAAUUAGCAACCACGAUACCAUGACAACCACACACUUCGCGCCCGUGGCCGGAGAGUAUGGGCAACUCCUGCACAAACAUUGCUCCGCCGAGUUUACUAAAAGCUUUCUGCGCUAUGGAGACCUGGGUACAGUGAUGACUGUUCAUUUCAAGCGGAUUGCUGACGACAUUCUCAAUUUGGAAAUACGUGAUGAUGACACAUUUAUCUGCGGCUUUCCUAAAUCUGGAACAAACUGGGCACAAGAGAUGAUUUGGUGUAUUGCAAACGAUUUAGAUUUUGAAGGUGCAAAGGUUCCAAUGGCAGUAAGGUGUCCCUUCUUGGAGUGGUCUGGGAUAUUAAAUGCUGAGAAGGCGAAAGACCCAAAGUACGGGUUCCCACGGGAAUUAUGGGACAGUGUGGGAUUUGUCAAGGAAAUGCCUUCACCGCGUUUCAUCAAAACCCACCUGCCCUUCAACAUGCUGCCCUUGCAACUGCAGCAGGGCAAAACUGGUGCCAAGAUUGUGCAUUUAAGAAGAGACGUGAAAGAUGUUAGUCUGUCUUAUCUUCAUCACUACAGACUACAUUUACCCUGUCGAGCAGACUAUAAUGAAUUUGCUACACUUUUAAUAAAUGACGCUGUAGUUUGGGCUCCGUAUUGGGAAAAUGUGUUAUCCUAUUUGAGGAAGAAAGGAGAUAAAAAUAUAUUACAUUUAAGAUUUGAAGAUAUGAAAAAGGACUUGCCGAGUAUUAUAAAGAAAACAGCUGGAUUUCUAGGCAAACCGCUGAGUGAUCAACAAGUGGAUGUACUGCUGAAGCACCUGAGUUUUGAAAAUAUGAAGAGUAACGAUGCUGUAAACAUGGAAAAUUUAAAAGGACAUUAUGAGAUACUCACAGGCAACAAAGUGAAUGACCACAUUAUGAGGGAUGGACAAGCUGGAGGCUGGAGGGAGAAACUUAGUCCAGACUGGGUAAGGCGAUUUGACGAAUGGACGGAGAGGAAACUUCAAGGAACUGGAAUAAGUUUGUCCGACGAAUGAAGGACCUGCUGAAGAAGAUCCAGUAUUGGUGGCGAUGAUCAACCAUAAAGUGACACAGAAUAAUAUUAACUAAUAAAAUUAUAUUAUGCAAUAAAACAUAUCAUUGCAAACCUGAA